UUCCUUCCUACGCUCUAAUUCGGCUUGCUUAUUGACCGGCGAGGGACAAAUUUUGACUAAUUGAGUGUUGAUCUCGUCAAUUGCGUCCAUCCUUGCUCGUACGUACUCGCUGUCAGUCUUCUCAACACAGCAGAUCCAGCCUCAUCCACACGUGUUGGAAGCUAUUGGGUUGUGCGAUUGCGGCCGCAUAAGCUCACGUCUCUGAGCCUCUAAGUGGACCACGCACCAUCUCAAACCAGUCCAGCGUCGCUCAAUCCUUGUUGUCCCACAGAGAAGUCUAUAACAACUUUUCUACUGUGCACUUACUUCCACGCGCGCGUGAGCCGCGGGCGCUGGGCUAGAGUAAAACUACCGCACCCAUCAGUAUGGAUCUUGUGAAUUCUUUGAGUGAUCGGUUAUUGUUCGCAGUACCAAAGAAGGGUCGUCUUCACCCACCAUGCCUUGAGCUUCUGAAGGGUGCCGAUAUACAGUUCCAUCGUCAUUCCCGACUUGACAUUGCACUUGUCAAGAAUUUCCCACUGGCACUGGUGUUUCUGCCCGCUGCAGACAUUCCCACAUUCGUAGGUGAAGGUCGAGUUGAUCUUGGAAUAACAGGCCGAGACCAGGUGGCUGAGCAUGAUUGCGCCAACCCCCCUACAGAGACAACAGGUGUGGAAGAAGUCAUGGACCUAGGGUUUGGCAGAUGCAAGCUUCAGGUUCAGGUGCCCGAGAAGGGGCCCAUCUCGAAGCCAGAAGAAUUGGUAGGGAAGAACAUUGUCACCAGCUUCACAAACCUGUCAGAAAAGUAUUUUGCAGAUCUGGAGUCAAAAGAGUCUGGAGGGGAGACAAAUGGCGCAAUCUCUAAGCCAUCGAAAACGAAGAUCAAGUACGUUGGUGGUAGUGUAGAAGCUGCCUGCGCUUUAGGUGUGGCCGAUGGCAUUGUCGACCUCGUCGAAUCCGGAGAAACUAUGCGUGUAGCCGGUCUCAAAGCAAUCUCAACUGUUGUCGAAUCAACAGCCGUCCUUAUCAAAUCCAAGCAUCCUUCAGACAAUAAACUCAUCGAGUUGAUUGCCUCAAGAAUACGUGGUGUUAUCACAGCGCAGAAAUGGGUUCUCUGCACAUACAACAUCCCGCGUGCUAAAUUGGAUGAAGUCAAGGCCAUCACACCUGGCAAACGGGCUCCAACGGUGACAAGCCUGGAGCAGGAAGACUGGGUGGCCAUCAACGUAAUGGUGGAGAAUAGCAAGAUCGCAGACACGAUGGAUGCAUUGGAGGCUGCUGGAGCUGAAGAUAUCCUUGUUACGAAACUAGAAAAUACGCGGACGAGAAACUCGUAGGCAUAGGCGCAGGCCGGGUAAUAGAGAUUACACGCAAUUGGUGGCUUUGCAGCUGCAUGCAGAUCUUGUAAUCUGCGCCAAAAAAAAACAUAUGAAUAUGCAUCUCAGUGAAUUGUGACUUGCAAUAGACUUUAAUGAAUUCCUCCGCGCCA